AUGGCUAUUGGAAUAUUUGACGGGUUUCAUCUUCUCGUCAUAGAGUCGGAUUCUCUACAAUUAGAGAAAGUGGAUUAUAUGAAGCAGCUUAUUUCUCAAAGUACGAAACUGCCCGUCGAGAACUUGAUCACGGUGAGAAAAGCAAACGAUGAAUUGAUAGAAGAUGAACAGAUAUUGAACAAGUUCACACACGUGAUCUCUAACACAACCGAAUUUCCAAACUUUGACAUGGCUUCAGAUUCACUGAUGAUGCCAGUACUCACAUCUGAUUGGGUUAUUGACAGUGCCACACACGGAAAAUUGGAAUCAGUUAGAAGUUAUGCGGUUGACAGUCGUCUCUUUUUAAAUCGAUGCGUGAUCUCAUGUUCAUCAUCUGUCUGUGAAGGUGAUAAAACUGUUAUUGCAGCUGCUGUUAAGACAUUUGGUGGUGUUUAUAUCGAAGGUAUUACUCGCAGCCUAACACAUUUGAUAACCACAAAUUCUUCAGAUGACCUCUGUGGCAUUGUGAAAGAUUACAAUAAGCAUCUUCGUAGGACAGCAAUCGUGACUGUUGCACCAGAAUGGCUAUUUGCAAGCAUUGCAAGCGCCCAGCGUUUAAAGGAAGCCAAUUUUGCACUCGAGUGGGAUAAAACUAGUUUUGAAAAUGUUGAUGUCUCUGGUAAGCAUCAAUUUUUGGAUGGAAAAUGCUUCUACCUUUCUGAUGAUUAUGGUUGUUCAGAACGGUUGGUUUCUUCCCUAAAAUAUGCCGUAAAGUCUAUUUCCGGUGGGCAGCUUGUUAAUGAGCCGGAGCGAAAAAAUACUGCUGGCAGUGUACUUUGUUUAUAUCGGUAUGGCUCUGUGUAUGAUGAGGCACUCGAAGAUGGCUCAAAAGAGAUUGGAAAUGUCGAAUGGCUCUUUUGGAUGAUGCUAAACGGGAGAUGGGCUUCGCCAUUAGAUAAGAUGCUUCAUUAUCCAUUUCCCAAAGGCACAGUUAAAGGAAUAGAAAAUGUCAUGGCAUCUGCUACAAAUUAUGCCGGUGAUGCUAGAAUGUAUUUGCAGAAAUUGGUAGAAUUGAUGGGUGGUAAAUUCACAAAGACUUUGAAAGCCCAAAAUACGCAUUUAUUGGUUGCAAAAUCGUUUGGAAGAAAAUACGAAGCUGCCGAGAAAUGGAAAAUAAAGCGAGUUAAUCAUCUCUGGCUAGAAGAAUCUUAUGCUAAAUGGAUUAUGAUGCCCGACACGGAUCCCAAGUACUUAGUUUUUCCGCGUGAUUCAAACGAUGUAGCCGUUAUAGGUACCACAAAGCUUAUAUUGGGUAAACCCAAGAAGAGCAUGGAAGUGAAAAAUACACAAGAAAGGCAUAAUAGUACUUCAGGCAAGCUUGGCGAGAUUGAAGAAAAGCAAAAAGUUGAAUCAGCUAAGAAUGAAACAAAUGGGGUAACCGAACCUCAUGAUGAUAAAAGCAUUACACCAAAGAAAAGUAUUAGUACGGGUCUUCAAAAGCGGAAGGCAGCAGAAGUUAAAAAUGUACCAAAGGAGGAAUCACAAAAGAUGCCUACUAUUGAUCAUAAAUCAGAGGAGAGAGACUUGAAACCGUCAAAGAGUCAAUCGUCUGUCAAUGAGGAGUCUCCGGAAAUAUCAGUUUUUGAUAUUCCAGAUGGGACAGUAGAUGGCUAUGCUGAAAUAAGUAGCAGUCCAGUCGUUAAAAGGGGGGCGAAAACACCUUCACAGGAAGAGCCUGCUAAAAAGAAGGCAAAGCAUGAUGUCAAUGAUAAAGCAUAUAAUGUCAUAGCAGUUAUGACUGGUAGUGAUAUGGAUCUUACGAGUGCUGACAACAAAAAAUUGAAUAGGGUUGGAAUUACAAUAUUGAAGACAUUAAGAAAGGAUGUUAAUUGCAUUAUUGCACCAACUGUUCUCAGGACUGAGAAAUUUCUGAAAGCGCUGAGUAUGAGCCCUAAAUACAUUAUUUCACCAUUAUUUGUGAGUGAUGUUCUAGGCACGCUCGAUAUAUGUCAUAGAAUUACCGACUUUGAUGCGGUGAAGCCUGAUAUCAAUGUGUAUCAGCUAGGUCAUCUCAUUCGGUUUGAUAAGGACCGUAAAGCCAAAUCUUUAUUUGCUAAUCCAAAACUUGGAUCAGUUCAUGCCAUUCAAAAUCUCAUUGAUAAUUCCAGCAAUACACUUUUUAGUGGCUUUAAUUUUAACGUCUCGGCAGAUACAAACGGGGUGCAAACCAUUAGUGAGAUUUUAAAGAUGUUCGGAGCUAAGUCGUGCAAAACAGUUGAUAACAAAGCUAAGUCUUUUAUUAAAUGUGGUGAAGAAUCACCACAUGAUGGUGCUUAUAUUUUAAUGUGCACACCUAAAGAAAAGGCUCUAAUGAAACACUUCAAGAAUACAAUUUCCAAGGAUGGUAAGAAACCAAAAUAUCUGAUUGCCCAAUGGAAUUGGGCUGUCUGGUGUGUGUUUAAUACGCUUUUGGAAAAGGACAAAUACAUUAUCGAAAAUCAUCUCUGA